UUUAAAAUAAGAAAAAAAGUACUUUUCAAAAAAAGAAAAAAAAAAGAAAAAACCAAUUACUUUUUUAAAUAAAUCAUUUAAUGGCGGGAAAAAAGAUGAGAAGUUUCCAUUCUCUCAUAACCUUCUCUCCGGGUAUGAUCCAGUGUAGUUGCUACCACCAGUAGCUACCGUACACCACCCAAAAACCUUUAUAUACCCCCGCACACUCUCUUCUUCUCCUCUUCUGCUCUUCACCGGAAAACAGAGCAGAGCCACAAUGGACCUAAAUCAAAACCCAGAACCACCACCUCCUCCGCCGUCUCCGCCGUCUCCUCCCCCACCAUUUGAAUACUUAGAACCUGACACCGGCGUUGAUAAAGUUGCUGCAACUCUCAUGGAUUUCACCAUGGAGAUUCCCGAUCGAAAAGGCAAAGGAAAAGUACCUGAUGAUGCUGUUGUCAUCAAUCUCGUGAGCGAUGAAGAAGAACAAGAAGAACAGCGAGAAAGAGUGGUACCAGUUGAAAUUGACUUCUUGUCUCGUUUUCCUGUUGACCAUGGUCAACGAUUCGUCAACCACGGCGGCGAACAACUACAACCACCACCACCACAACAACUGCCGCCGCCGCGUUACUAUCCUCACGAAGUGUACCGGGAAUGGGAGGAGCGUGUUAGGCUUCGAAGAAAGCAAGUGUUUAAAGAAACGGCUAAGAUACACGCGCUUCGCUAUGCUCGUUUUGAACCUCCUCAAGAUGAUGGUGGCGGUGGUUCAGGUUCAGGUUCUUCUGUGCCUCAAGCCAAGGACGGUUCAUCUCCCUCAACUCCUUUCUCUCUGGCUAUGGAAGCGAUUGAAGGUGGCUUGCUGAAGAAGAUUGCGUGGGUUUCCAGAAAGAAACCGCAAGAUGUUAGAGUUUCAGUCCCGUCAUUGUUAGAGUUGAGCAUGAAAACUCUUGCUGAUAAUGCUGAUUCGAUUGUUUCACUUGGAAGUGCACCGGAUCACCUCAGGCACAGGCUGAGCCAAUUGCUGUGUGACUCUAGAAGAAUUAACAGCAGAUUCUCGGAGCUUCUUGUUAGGGGGUCUCCCACGGAGAUUCGCAUUCGAAAUUGCUCGUGGUUGACGGAGGAGGAAUUUACAAGAUGUUUUCAGUCUUGUGACCUUAACUAUUUGGAGGUGUGUGACUGUGUUGUGUUCUUUCAAUUAUUUGAUAGUUGCUGCCUGCUGGUGUUUUUUGUCAUUUUGGUUCAAUUGGUUUUCAUUUGUUUUUUGCAUGGAUCAGUGGACUUUGUGUUGAAUGUUGAAUUUCAUGUAGCAUCUGAAAUUGGUACUUUGUUAACUGAUUAA